AUGGAGUUGGGAGCUACACCACUAGCUAAUAUUUUUAAAGAUGAAUAUUUGGAAGAUUUGAAGAAGGCUUACAGAAAGGCUACCAUUAAGAAUCAUCCUGAUAAGGGUGGAGAUCUAGAAAAGUUCAAGGAGUUGGCCCAGGCUUAUGAGAUUUUGAGUGAUCCAGAGAAACGUGAAAUUUAUGAUCAGUAUGGUGAGGAUGCGCUCAAGGAAGGAAUGGGAGGAGGUGGUGGUGGCCACGACCCCUUUGACAUCUUAUCAUCUUUCUUUGGAGGAGGAAGCCCAUUUGGAGGUGGUGGCAGCAGCAGAGGAAGGAGGCAGAGGAGGGGAGAAGAUGUUAUGCAUUCUCUUAAGGUGUCGCUGGAGGAUCUUUACAGUGGAACAUCAAAGAAAUUGUCCCUCUCUCGCAAUGCCAUCUUCUCAAGUGCACUGGAAAGAUGUCACUAA